ACUCCCCAGCUCAAGCGAUCCUCCAGCCUCAGCCUCCGGAGUAGCUGGGGCCACGGGCGCGCGCCACCACGGCCGAUUUUUUUUUUUUUUUUGGUAGAGACGGGGGUCUCACUAUGUUGCCCACGCUGGUCUCAAACUCCUGGGCUCAAGCGAUCCUCCCGCUUCAGCCUCCCAAGGUGCUGGGAUUACAGAUGGAGCCACCGCGCCGGGCAUCGAUAAUCUGCAUCUUCAACCAGCUCCCGGGAGACGUUGAUGCAGCUGGUCCGGGGACCACUCUUCGAAAAUCAUUGGUUUAGAGGUUUUAAUCCUGAAUGCACUGGGAAAAGUGUUGGGCGGACAGAGCACUGCUAACUCCUAACUUUUCUCAGAAACCUGGGCUCUGCAUUCGCCAACAACUCGGUCCCAAGUCGCGGGCAUAUUCUGUCUGAAAUCGUGUGCACCGCAAUCGCCGCCUUGGGGUGGAGGAUGGCGCUAGGCGGCCUCAGCCUCCGCCUGCUGCUCGCAGGAACCCGCGCCCCGGCUCCUCGGCGAUCCAUUGCUCUCUCCGCUGACGCCGGCCGCAGGUCUCGGUCACGCCCCCGGCGGCCCGUUGGUUCGCGGGUCCCGCGGGGUGCCCCCGCCCACACGCUAUGCCUUAAGUUGGGCCAGGCUGAGGCGUUGCUGCUCGAGCGGCCGAUCCGAGACGUGGCUCCCUGGGCGGAAGAACCAUGUUGGACUUCGCGAUCUUCGCCGUUACCUUCUUGCUGGCAUUGGUGGGAGCGGUGCUCUACCUCUACCCGGCUUUCAGACAAGCUGCAGGAAUUCCGGGGAUUACUCCAACUGAAGAAAAUGGACCCUUUUGAAACCAUGCUGAAGUCAUUAUUAAGGUAUCAAUCUGGUGGUGGCAAUGUGAGUGAAAACCACAUGAGGAAAAAAUUGUGUGAAAAUGGUGUGACUAAUUCUCUGAAGAGUAAUUUUGCCCUCCUCCUAAAGCUUUCAGAAGAAUUAUUAGAUAAAUGGCUCUCCUACCCAGAGACCCAGCAUGUGCCCCUCAGCCAGCAUAUGCUUGGUUUUGCUAUGAAGUCUGUUACACAGAUGGUAAUGGGUAGUACAUUUGAAAAUGAUCAGGAAGUCAUUCGCUUCCAGAAGAAUCAUGGCACAGUUUGGUCUGAAAUCGGAAAAGGCUUUCUAGAUGGGUCACUUGAUAAAAAUACAACUCGGAAAAAACAAUACGAAGAUGCCCUCGUGCAACUGGAGUCUGUUUUAAGGAACAUCAUAAAAGAACGAAAAGGAAGGAACUUCAGUCAACAUAUUUUCAUCGACUCCUUAGUACAAGGAAACCUUAAUGACCAACAGAUCCUAGAAGACAGUAUGAUAUUUUCUCUGGCCAGUUGCAUAAUAACUGCAAAAUUGUGUACCUGGGCAAUCUGUUUUUUAACCACCUCUGAAGAAGUUCAAAAAAAAUUAUAUGAAGAGAUAAACCAAGUUUUUGGAAAUGGUCCUAUUACUCCAGAGAAAAUUGAGCAGCUCAGAUAUUGUCAGCAUGUGCUUUGUGAAACUGUUCGAACUGCCAAACUGACUCCAGUUUCUGCCCAGCUUCAAGAUAUUGAAGGAAAAAUUGACCAAUUUAUUAUUCCUAGAGAGACCCUCGUCCUUUAUGCCCUUGGUGUGGUACUUCGGGAUCCUAAUACUUGGCCAUCUCCACACAAGUUUGAUCCAGAUCGGUUUGAUGAUGAAUUGAUAAUGAAAACUUUUUCCUCACUUGGAUUCUCAGGCACACGGGAGUGUCCAGAGUUGAGGUUUGCAUAUAUGGUGACCACAGUACUUCUUAGUGUAUUGGUGAAGAGACUGCACCUACUUUCUGUGGAGGGACAAGUUAUUGAAACAAAGUAUGAACUGGUAACAUCGUCAAGGGAAGAAGCUUGGAUCACUGUCUCAAAGAGAUAUUAAAAUUUUAUGCAUUUAAAAUCAUUGUUAAAUUGAUUGAGGAAAACAACCAUUUAAAAAAUCUGAGUUGAAUCCUUUUAUAAACCAGUAACACUUUGUAAUAUAAACACCUAUUUGUACUUAAUUUUGUAAAUUUGGAUUUUUAUAUAUCAUAUUUUCUUCAUUAUA